AGAUCGCGAAAAGUGACUGUGAAUUGCGCGUGGGCCUCGAGGCGGCUGAAAGACGAAGUCCGGAGGUCCCCACAGCGACGAUGGGAGGAUGGGGGCAGGCGUGAGGGAGGCGUGGGGUCGGGCCCAGUUCGUCCGAGCGACAAGUCGCUAUGCAACGAACAAUUCUGGAAGUCUCACGGCCGUGGCGCAAUUCCAAUGGCAUUCCGUUCGCACGUGGGAUCCCAAAUAAGAGGGGUGUGGGUAAGGUUAGGGUUCGUGCCUGGCGGGUCUCGGACCUUAUCGCUCGGCACUUGGCAUUCAUUGCUGGCUCCUGCGGCUUAUUCUGCGACGCAGGUCCAGCACGCCUCGCUCCUACACGCCACGCGACCUCACUCGCAUUUCGACAUUCACCCGGCUUUAUCAGCCUCUGCCCACGCUGGUCUACGGACUUCGCACAGCUGCCUCUGGGCCUGUCUUGGGGUCGCACGGGGAGCAUCUGUCACGUGCAAACUAGUUCACCUGGGCACAGUGGGGGAGCGCACGUUCCUGAGCCUAUCCUUGGCAACGUGGAAACCAGCCACACUUCGCGGCACCGAUUUGUUUUUGUCAUGCCUAUCAUACGGACUCCACGGUAUCUAUUCAUCGAUUUUCGCCGCAUUAGGAUGGGUUGUCCAACCAUCUUUCACACGGAAGAGGCGGGAGGUUACGGAGGGACGGCGCUUUACUGGAGCCGACUACAAUUACCAGCCACAGGUUCCAACCUGGGAUAAGCUGCCAUUGCAACCUUGCUACCUCGUGCUAUCGGACUUCCACACUUGGUUUGUUUCGUCCGUUUGUUCAGGACGUCCCGUCAUUCGUUCGUCACCAAGAUAACUCGUCGGACAAUCGGACUGCACGCACCUGAGCCCACCCCUACUUCCCUACACGGAAGCUGAGCAAUACCUUUUGUCAGAGAAGAAAUGAUAUCGUUUACGGAGAGCACGUACCCAAGACCAGCCCUACCACACUGGGCGGACCUGAGAUCAGUCUAUCACAGGCAAGAUGAUUCAGAGAACGGAGUUCACGCUCCUAAUCUC